UCUGACAUUGUUGCCUUAAUCUCAGAGUUUGAAUUGAUUCAGUUCAGGUGGAUCCCACGGGAGAAAAACAAAGCUGCCGAUGCUUUGGCUAAGAAAGCUUUGCGCCUUGAAACUAUUGUAUUGAACUCAACCCUUAGGGGUCAAUGAAUGAAUGAAUGUGUUACAAAAAAAAAAAAAAAAAAGAUAUUUAAAUAAUCUUUCUUUUUGUUUAAAACAAUAUUCGAACAAACAUUACAGCUUCCAAGCACACGAUCACAAGGAAGUAAAUGGGCUUCCCACUCUUUUUCAAAAUAACCGCCAACAACACCUCAUAUACACACACACACAAACAACCUCUCUUGCCUUCUCUCUCACGUAACCGCAAAACUCCGCAAUGGCGUCUUCUCUCUUCAUCUUCUUCCUCACUUCCCUCUCAAACUUUCUUCCUCUCUCUGUUCUCUCAGCCACAGUACUCGAAGAUCUCGCCACCCUCACUCCACCUCCCGACUUCACCACCACCAUCACCACAAACUGCCUCCAUAAUCCUCUGCUCCGUUACUGCAACAACACUUCUUCUUCUUCUCCGAUGAACAUCACUGAGAUCUUCCGCUCCACGAUCGUCCCAGGCCAUCUCUGCAACGAGUCCAAAAACCCUAACUGCAUCGACUCCUUCCCCAAGAUCAGAAUCCACGGCCGUCCUAAAACCGCCGCGCUCUACCUCUCUUUCAACUUCUUCUGGAAGUACUGUCCUCUCACCGUCGUCGAGAUCCAGCUCGUGAAUAACUCUCUCAAGAGUGAGUUUCCUACGAAUGUCCUGUCUUGUGCUCAGAUUCGAACCCUUGACCUGAGUUACAACCAGUUAUCCGGUUCUGUUCCGGUUCAGAGUCUCUCCCGGUUAACGAGCUUGACCCAUUUGAACCUCUCUUAUAACCGAUUUUUGGAGGAAAAGAUCUCGGAUUCCGAGUUCUUUAACCGGUUUAACGCCUCGAGUUUCAUACACUCCGGUUUACUUCCAGAUGUGAAGCGUAACAAGAUGAGAGUCUUGGUCUUGUUGAUUGUGUUUCCCAUAGUGGUGAUCCUUCUCUGUUGUUGCUUGGGAUGGUUAUGUCUUAAAAGACCUGAUUACUUACGAAGAACGUGCAGGAGAAGCCACAAGCUCACAUCCGCGAUGCUCGAUGCAGCUACGGAUGAGUUUUCGGAUCAGAGACUCGUGAGCAAGGGGAAUGGAGUGGAUAUCUACAGAGGAACGUUGAGAGACGGGAGAGAGGCAAAGAUCGAGGUGUAUACAGAGAAGGUUUCGAAAGAGAAGAGGCGUGAGUUCGAAGAGGAAUGCGAGGCGGUUUUGAAGCUAAGACAUAAGAAUUUGGUUAAGGUUUUGGGUUGGUGUAAUAGCAGAAACUUGAGAGCUUUGGUUACUGAGUGGACUAAUGGAGAAAACGUUGAGACUUGGCUAAGUUCUUCGUUGGCUUCUUCAUGGAGAAGGAGGUUAAGAGUUGUUAUGGGAGUUGUAGAAGGUGUUUGUUAUCUAUGGGAACAAUGGCCUGAGAUUACAUUUGAUCUAAACACAAGCAGUGUUUUGUUAUCUGAUGAUGAUCAAGAACCAUUGAUUUCUCAAUUCAAGAUUGGAGAUGGAAACAGUUCAUCAACAAGUAAGGGAUCUUUUCUUGUUCUUCUUGAAAACAUGAAUUUUGUUAAAAUUUAAAAUCUAAGUGUGUUGUUGUUUUCAUUUACAGAUAUAUUCAACUUUGGGUUGUUUCUUUUGGAGAUGAUUACAAAUCUAAAACCUAAUGAGGAACAAGAAGAUUCAGCAACGAGGUAUCUUGAGUAUAUAAGAGUUCAUUGUCCGGAUAAUGUAGAGAGGGUGGUUGAUGAGAAGAUGAAGAUUGAAGAGAGAACGUUGGAGAAAGUUAAGGAAGCGAUUGCACUUGGACUUAUGUGUACUGACGGAUCACCGUUGAAGCAACCAAGCUUCACGCAGAUUUAUGACAUGGUGGUUUCUUUGUAUGAGUCUAGCUCAAGGCAUCAUUAAGAAGAUAGUGUAAUUAGGUUAGUGUUAUUUAAGAAUUUAAGCUUCACCACUCUCUUGUUUUGAUUUUAGUU